AUGGCUGCAUCAAGUAGGGGUAGCAGGGCAGCUGCUACGCUACUGAAGAGGAAAGCAAAUGUAUGCGUGAGCUGCAGAACCAGUCAAUUCCUCCGUCCAUACUCGUCGGCAGCCGAUGCUGCACAAUUGGCCGAGGCGCACCACUUGAAGCCUCAAGAGACGAUACCUCACCCACCAUUUACUGCCUCCCGGAAAGCAGAGUACCGCAUCAAGUCCGGCAUCAUCUUGUCCCGCGCACCGUUGCUCACACGCAACCUGACUCCUUUUGAAAACGCCUUCUUUUUCUACCAGAAACGUCUCAACGAGCGAUUGACGACCGAAUUCAGACAUACCCUCUUCUUCAAGGAGAACACGGUGCCGGAUCUGGACUGGAAGAUCAAGAUCAACGAGCGAGGAGGCAUUGCUGCAAAGGAGCUGGGUCGGUACUUUGCCAAGGGCCGAAAUGCCUGGAACGAUGAGUUGCUGGUUGGCAGUACCUUGAGCGACGAGGGCCGCAUCCGCGAGAUUCUGGUCAAGGACGCCGAGAGCCGUGUCACGGAAGAUGGCGAGGAGGCAAAGCCCGACGAGAUUGUGCCCGUGGAGAAGCCAAUGGACAGGAUUACAGAGGCAGACAGGACCAACGACGUGCGGAGGUUAGAUCGAAAGCUGGACCAGACACUAUAUUUGAUUGUGCAAUCUGGCAAUGGAAACUGGUCGUUCCCCACCGACGAUGUGCCUACAGACGAGAACUUGCACCAGGCUGCACAGAGAGUACUUGACCAAGCUGCUGGUGUUAACAUGAACACUUGGCUUGUUGGCCGCGUCCCCGUGGCCCACUACGUCAGGCAGCCUGAAUUCAACGAAGACACGACGAUCAAGGCGAGAGGCGAAAAGCACUUUUUCCUCAAGGGAAGAAUCAUGGCCGGUCAGGCCAACCUGACGGGCAACCCGCUGGGAUACAAGGACUUUAACUGGCUGACCAAGGACGAGCUCAAGGAGAAGUUUCCUGCGGGUUACUUCCGCGCCGUUAAGAGCAUGAUGGCUGACAGGUAA